AUGAAAAUGUUCCAUGUCCUCAGCACUGCUAAUGGGGUAGCUGUCGGUGAACCAACCUUUCCAAUUUGGAAGGAACACUUCAAGACCUUGCUGAACCGGCUAGCACCGUCAGCUCCUGAACUCGAACACGUUCAUAGAUCGACAUAUGCGGUUAACGAGGAGACACCGACCGAGUCGGAGGUCCUGGUCUGUAUUCAGAAAAUGAAGAAUGGAAAAUCUGGUGGAGACGACGGGAUUAGCGCAGAAAUGCUGAAAUAUCUUCCUCCGUCUGGGAUUCCUGAAAUGACAAAGAUCAUCUGUUCAAUAUGGAUAAACGAAAGGAUACCUGAUUCGUGGAGACACGCUAUCAUAAUUCCCCUCCACAAGAAGUUAUCCGCCACGGACCCAAGGAAUUAUCGAGGAAUCUCUUUGCUGCGUGCUAUGUACAAGGUACUGGAGCGCAUUAUCCUGGACCGACUCAUUAAACAUCGCGAAGAAACAACGCGCGACGAGCAAGCUGGCUUUCGUCCUGGCCGAUCUACGAUUGACCGGGUGUUCAUCGCCAGGAGAGUGAUCGAAAUCUGGCAGUGGUAUUCGAUGCCAACGCAACUAGGGUUUCUGGACUUUGAAGCCGCGUUCGACUCUCCUCACCGAGGCCGUCUUCUCAACGCGCUCCGCGCAGAUGGAGUGCCAGGAAAGUUCGUUCACUUGCUUGAUGACAUGAAUCAACGAAUAACUGCUGCAGUUCGAACACCAGCCGGAUGUACAACACCGUUUGAAGUGGUAACUGGAGUAAGACAAAGGGCGGUGACAGGACCCUUCCUGUUCAAUUUCGCCAUCGACGACAUUAUGCGAAGAACAGUCGACCAGUGUCCUGCCGACAUUGUCUUAGCACCAUCAGGGUGCCCCUUGACUGACCUCGAGUACGUCGACGAUGUUGUUAUAUUCGCGGAAAGCAGUACGAAACUUCAACAUGUUGUCAACCUUGUAUCGAAGCUGGCUGCAGCCUACGUCUACGCCCUGAUAAAUGCAAGCAGAUGUGGAUCUCUUCGAGACCUCGAACGGGAAUCAGGGUGGACGGACAACCGAUAG